AAUGCCCCGUGGGCUUUCCAGGUGGUGAGGAGGAUGAUUGGACAUUUGGGCAGGUCAUUGCUGUGGUACUCGUUGCAGGGCCUAUGCUCACCAUCAUCCAAUCUUUCUAUAAGCUUCUUGGGGAAGGUACCGCUCUGCCAUCGCAGGAUGCAACCAGCCAGGAGAAUCUUACUUUGCAGCUUCUGCCCGUCCAAACUUCGGACCCAGUCACUACGCCUUCCAAUCCAUCCUCACUCCCGCACCUCAGUCACCUCGACUUUCAAAGCGAUAUCUGGCAGUCGCACCACUCAACCCUAUGCAUCUCGGUCCUCUACUGCACCUUUGUAUGCAUUGUAUUCCUGGUUGAGGCGGUCUUCGUCGAAUCAGUGGUAAGAGUUUUUGACGCGUUUGGCUUUGGCUACGGCUUUGGGCAAGUCCUAGGGUUUCUACUUCUCCCUGUGGCAGGAUUGGUAGAGGUCAUUUUACUGUCGCUCGCAAUUGAAAACACGCUCGGCCACCGCUCGCGUUGGCUUCGACUCCCCUUACAGAGUGUUCUUGUGCUGUAUGGCUUUCCAGUUCUGUGGUUCACGUCCUCGUGGUAUUGGUGGCAUGGGCUCAUCCCAGGGUGUUAUUUGGUGUUCUGUCUGGUUGGGGCAUUAUGGGAGUGGGUGUCUUCGCGGGGUGUGGUAUAAUGACAUACAUUGCUACAACCAAGCAGAGAAGCAUUCCCAGGGUUGUUGGUGGUAUAAGCUUGGACUGCCUAGGCCAGAUCCAAGAGACUAUGUCACUGAGCAGUCUCGUUCACCGAGAGCCCAUGGGCAUUCGCUUUGUGUCA